GAAAUGUAAAUAUAAAACACGAAUGAAUAUUAGGAAAGAAUUAAGAAUGGUUAUUUUGUAAAUGGGAAUGAAUGCUCAUGGUUUAGGGUCAAUAAUUAUUGCGUUAAUUUGCAUUAAGUACGUUUUCUACAAUAAUUUCAAUGACCACAUUUUACUACCAAAGUAGUUAAUUUGAACUCGGUACAUGCAGAUCUAAACACUGUUUUUAUCAAAAUGGUUGAUAUUAGUGGAAAUAUAAAUAUAUCUCGAGAGCAAUAUAAUGAAGUCUGUCGUACCUGCAUCACUAAUAGUGGUUUAGUAGAUUUAUUCGAGAACAAGCACAACGAGUUGGUAUUUAGUGAAUUAUUUAAAAUGUUUUCCUUGCUUGAUCUGGAUCCAACGGAUAACAUGCCAAAGAAGAUAUGUAGCACUUGCGCUGAAAUAGUAGUGCAAUUUUAUUUAUUUAAAGAGCGUAUACAUCAGUCGCAAAUUAUUUUAAAAGAUACAUUACAUAGUAUAAAAAUUAAAGCCGAAGUAAAAGAAGAAAAUGAAAUUCUUAUCGAUCAAGUAGACAAUGAUAGUGUGCUCGAUUACCCCGCUGAAAACAAUACAGAUUCUGAUAUUGAUGCAAUAGCAGAAGAAAAAAAUAUAACAUGUAGUUUUUGCAAUUCAAAAUUCUCCUCCUAUUCCAGCUACACAAAGCAUAGGAAAAAAGAAGCGGAGUUACGAAGAAAAAGGGAACCUUGUAUAAUAUGCAAUAAAGUGAUAAGUACUUAUAAACUUAAAGAUCAUUUAAAUUCGCACACAAAAGAGGCACCUUACGAGUGUAAUGAAUGCGGAGAAAAAUAUAGAUUUAGAUCGAGUUUAAGUCGUCACAAAUUCAUACACCAAGAGAAAAAACCACACAUGUGCCACUUAUGCGGUAAAGGUUUUAUUCAGGCACCCACAUUAACAGACCACAUCAGAACACAUUAUAAAGAAAAAUCAUUCAUUUGCAACAUAUGUGGCAAAACAUUCAUAACGAAACAUUCAUUGACUAAUCACAUUUACACGCACAAAAAAGACGAUACAAAUACGAAUGAUUUGUGCAAUUUACUCAGUAACAGUGAUGCAUCACAAAACACUGGAAAUCGCCUAACCAGCCAUCGAGAAAAAACCCAUUUGUGUAGUAAGUGCGGGAAGAAGUUUUCAACGAAAUCUCUUUUGAAUCAACAUCAAAAGCUUCAUUCCGAUAUUAAACCUCACCAAUGCAACGUUUGCAAUAAGAGCUUUUCCUUAAAAAACAGCCUAAUAAAGCAUCACCAUAUUCACGGGGGCGAAAAGUUGCACGCUUGCGUUGUAUGCAAUAAAAGAUUUUCGCAAAAAGGGCAUUUAACUUACCAUAUGAGAACUCAUAGCGGCGAAAAGCCGUAUAGUUGUACAUAUUGCCAAAAAGCAUUUAGCCAUUCGGGAUCCUAUAAAGUUCAUAUUAGAAUACACACUGGCGAUCGACCUUACACCUGUGACUUAUGCAAAAAGGGAUUUUAUGAUUCGAGCAGUAUGAAGAAACAUAGAAAAAUACAUGAUAAAUCUAUUGAAUAAAAAUAAUUUUAGUAAAACGUUUACCAUUACACCACCAUUACAUCAGACUUAUCGAAAAAACAAAAACGC